AGUUUAUUCCUCAUCCAUUUCAUCCCCAAUGGUUCAGCAAAUCGAAAUCACCGCAACAAUGGCGACCACCUCGCGGAAACACCUCUCCUCCAUCGCCAAUGACGUCGUCCAACGCUGUGCUCUGAAAGUCGGCAGCUCGGUGGAGGGAUUGGUGGAGGAGUUUGAGAUUUCGUGGAAACCUGAGACCGGUACCUAUUCGAGGAAGUUCGUGGAGUUUUGUAGUGCCAAGGCUUUGGCAGAUAUGUGCCAGAACUUGGAGGAAGGUAUUGGCAAUGGAUCGUUUAGCCGCUUCAGCUUUGAUAUGAUGCUUGCUUGGGAGACGCCUUCUUCUGCAGAUGAAGAGUCUCGUGAGGAGUGUGUGGCGAAGGGAAAAGAAGAGAAGAAGAAAGUCGUAGCAGCCAAUGUGCCUCCGGAGCAAGAUGAGAUCCCUCUUUUCUAUUCAGACAUUAUGCCCCUGCUGGUUAAUGACGAUCCAGAUGUUGGAGAAGAUGCAUAUGUGUGGUUAGGGUCUUUAGUUCCAUUGGUUUCGGAUCUUGUCAAUGCAAGAUUCACAUUCGAAACUCUAACAGCUCCAACUGGACACCGGCUUCAUUUCCCAGCAUAUGAUAAAUUUCUGAAGGAAAUUGACAAAUGCAUGAAGCAUCUGCAGAAACAGGCAACACCAAAGGGUGUAGAACUACGUGAUGAUGAGUUCAUAUUGCACGUGGAGGGCACUGCUAGCUCACAGAGGGUAGUGCGCCACAUUGGAUCAACAAGUUGGCCUGGAAGGCUUACAUUAACUAAUUACAGUCUCUAUUUUGAGGCUUCGGGAGCGAUAACAUAUGAAAAUGCCCUUGAGAUAGAACUCUCAAGGGACACUAUGCACAGUGUGACGCCAGCUUCCACAGGACCUUGGGGUGCACCACUUUUUGACAAGGCAAUAGUCUACGAGUCCCCUGCAAUAUUAGAGGAAGUUCUGCUGGAGUUUCCAGAGAUAACAAGUUCUACAAGGCGUGAUCAUUGGCUAGCAUUGAUAAAGGAGAUCAUACUCUUGCAUCGUUUUUUGCGGAAAUUUAAUGUGGAAAGUCCGGCACAAGCAUGGGAGAUGCAUUCAAGAACAAUAUUAGGGAUUAUAAGGCUUCAUGCAGCCAGAGAACUGCUUAGAAUAUCUCCACCGGUUCCUACAAAGUUCUUAAUCUUUGCCUUAUGUGAUGAGUUACCAAAGGGCGACUAUGUGCUAGAAGAACUUGCUGAGAAUCUGAAGUUGCUGAAUAGUGGACGCCCAUGUAGCGCGACUUCAACCCUGAGAUAUUUGAACAUGUCACAAUUAUCCGACCCUAGUGCAGAUGUAACAGUGAAAGUUUGUAAUAUAAGUACUGAACUUGAUGAAUCCAAGUCCUCCUUGGAGAAUGCCAUUAAUCAGGCCAGAGAAGAAGAGAAGGAAGUUGCAGUUGCCAAGGCUACCGCUGUAGGACUGAAAGAGGAAGGAAUUGGUGAAAGUGCAUUCAUCUUCUUGGAGCUGCUAAAGCCACUCAAGAGCAGGUUAUCUUGGUUCAAAGAAGUUAUUGUAUGGGAAAGACCAGUGGCUACUAUUAUCGUGCUCGCUGUAUCUUUGAUAAUUACAUACAAGGAGUGGUUUGGCAAGGCUGUGGCUGCGUUACUGUCUUGGGUGGUCGUGGCGAUGCUUCAAGCAAGAACUGAGAAGAUUCAAGAAAAGUGCGACGAGAUUGUGGUCUGCACCGCCAGUGAGCAAACUACGAUAGAAAGCAUAGUGGCUGCCCAACAGAGUUUGCAAAAUGUGCAUGAGAUUGUGCAGACUGCAAACAUUGCAGUGUUGAAGAUUUGGUCCAUUUUCAUAUCCAAAACUCGCAAGCAUGCAGACAUGGCCAUGGUAGUAUUGAGUGGUCUAGCAAUAACACUGGCAUUAGUUCCAACAAAGUACAUAAUAAUGGGGUUGAUAUUAUACGGUUUUUUUGUGACCUCAAAACUACGGAAGAAAAAUGUGGAUACCAACAGCGGCAGAGACCGGCGACUCAAAGAAUGGUGGGACUCCAUCCCCGUCAUCCGCGUCCGUGUUGUCGACAGACUUCCCGAGAAUGACAGCCCUUCCAAUCAAGGGUAACCCUCCAUUCACCUUUUUCAAUUUCAUACUUUCUUAGUUUGGCCAUCCUUUUCUCUUCUUUUUGAAUGUUCAAAUUCAUAUCCUUGUCUUUUGUGAAUAUGGACAAAGUGAAGGCCCCGCAGAGAAUAAUGUCAGUGUGGGAUUUGGUUUUUAGGAGUAUUGAGAAAUACUAUACAUAAUAUUUGGGGGAUUCUUGUUUUGAUGUGACCCUUCCUCUUUUUGUUUAAUUCGAAUUAUGUUUUAGGUUGGAAAUAAAGUGCAUGAGCUAUAAGUAACGAUAGAUUUUAUUCAAACCUAGUAUUCUUUUUUGUAACAUUGUGGGGGAAGGGGGGUCGAAAUGUCAAUUACUUAAUAUUUACCCUUUGUUUGGAUUCAAGAAAGUUUAAAAUUCAAAAAAUGGUUUUCAAUUAAUUGCUUUGUUCAUAUCUCCAAAAAAAAAAUAAUAAUAAAUAAAUGUAUUUAAAAUUUUGUGUUUGAGGGGUGAUCAAGGAAGAAUAGAAAAUUAAGAAUUUACUAAUAUGUUUGAUGCAUUAAUUGAAAAUUAAUAUAAUAAAUAUGUUUGAUGCAUUAAUUGGAAAUUAAUAUAUGGCGAAGUUAAUUAAGUAGUUUACUUUUAUGAGUAUUUUGGUAAGGAUUGGAAAGGGGUAAAUACCUGGGUGUCCUUCUUGUCCAUGGUCGUAUUACGAAAACAAUAUACAAGUAGGUAGUCGAUAAGGUUGCGGUAAGAUUUAGGUAGUCGAUAAGGUUGCGGCAAGAUUGUCGAUAUUCUUGUCGAUAUUCUUUACUUCACUUCUGGUAAGGUUGAUUGGUCUUCUCUUUUGGCAUACUACUAGUAGAAAGUGGCUGCUCCCAACAUUUUCCGGAUACCACUUCCCAUAGCAGCUAAUCAAAGAAUAACCGAUUUGAUAACGGAGGCUUACCCCAUUUCUUGAUAAAGUUGUGAUGCUUCAUUACACAUCCCAUUGUCAGGGGAUAUAAUCAUGAAUGCAGAAUCUCUGAUAUUAAGAGAUUUUCAGCUAGUGUAGCUGGCACAUAUCUUUUUGAUCUCACACUUCUAAUAGAACCAGGAGACUAGCUAUAGCUCUUGCGCGCUUCUCUACUUUUUCUUUGAAGCGUGCAUUGGUCACAUAGAUGACUUCGUUAAGGAAAGUUGCUUGAAAAGUGCUCAUCUCUUCGCUCUCCUCCAUUCCGCUAAUGCGAAUAUCCCGUUCUUGGUUCUUAAAGAUAUGUCUCCAGCCCCUGUUAUGUUAGCGUCUGGUGGAGACCAUAUUCAAGCUGGUACCAUAGUAGGUAAACGUCAUUUGAAUCCUUUGAAUGACUUGAAGGAAGGCGAUGAGAGACUUCGCACCUUUUCCUGAGUCUGCCCAUUUGUGCCUGGUUAAUAAAAGAGCUCGUACCUUCUAGCUCCUCCUAAUUCGACAAGUGAGUCUGCUCGUUCUGAUUUCUACACAAACCCUAACUUUAUUGUGAGAGGGGUAGUCAAACUAGAAAGUCAACUAAGACAGAGCACUCUCCCUCAUGAAUAAUUUUCAUAUAUAGAAAUGAUUUUCAUAAUUCUUUCCUAAUCAUGAAGUUUCAAACUAUUUGUUUACUAGUUGGUAAACUAGUUUCAUCGUAAUUGAGAUUAAAUAUCUAGAUUUUUGCUCGAAAAAAUCAAAUUGU